AUGAAGCUUUCACCAUCAGGGAUGGGUCAGCAAGUUCAUGAAGGGGAGAAAAAGUGCUUAAAUUCCGAGCUAUGGCAUGCCUGUGCGGGUCCUCUGGUGUCCCUGCCGACAAUUGGGAGUCGUGUGGUUUACUUCCCUCAGGGUCACAGCGAGCAGGUUGCUGCCACUACUAAUAAAGAAGUCGACGCCCACAUACCAAAUUACCCAAGUUUGCCACCCCAGCUGCUAUGCCAACUCCACAAUGUUACAAUGCAUGCAGAUGUUGAGACGGAUGAAGUGUAUGCUCAGAUGACACUGCAGCCCCUGACUUUGCAAGAACAAAAAGAUACGUAUCUUCCCGUGGAGUUGGGAACUCCUAGCAGGCAACCAAUGAAUUACUUUUGCAAGACACUGACUGCGAGUGAUACUAGCACGCAUGGAGGCUUCUCUGUUCCCCGUCGUGCUGCAGAAAAAGUUUUUCCUCCUUUGGAUUUCACGCAGACACCACCUGCACAAGAACUCAUUGCGAGGGAUCUUCAUGAUGUUGAAUGGAAGUUUAGGCAUAUUUUCCGGGGCCAGCCUAAGAGGCAUUUGCUUACUACUGGCUGGAGUGUGUUUGUCAGUGCCAAAAGACUUGUUGCAGGAGAUUCUGUUCUUUUUAUCUGGAAUGAGAAAAAUCAGCUCCUUUUGGGAAUUCGCCGUGCCACUCGACCACAAACUGUGAUGCCAUCGUCUGUUCUUUCAAGUGACAGUAUGCACAUUGGACUGCUUGCUGCUGCUGCUCAUGCUGCUUCUACUAAUAGCUGCUUCACUAUAUUUUAUAACCCAAGGGCUAGUCCAUCUGAAUUCGUUAUACCACUUUCAAAGUAUGUCAAAGCUGCUUAUCAUACACGUGUUUCUAUUGGAAUGCGUUUUCGGAUGCUAUUUGAAACUGAAGAAUCAAGUGUUCGCAGAUACAUGGGCACAAUUACUGGCAUUGGUGACCUAGAUCCUGUUCGUUGGCCAAACUCUCACUGGCGAUCUGUCAAGGUUGGCUGGGACGAAUCCACUGCAGGAGAGAGGCAGCCACGGGUAUCAUUAUGGGAAAUUGAACCCUUGACUACAUUUCCUAUGUAUCCCUCUUUAUUUCCCCUCAGACUGAAACGACCAUGGUAUUCAGGGGGAUCAUCUUUUCAAGAUGGCUGUAAUGAAGCCAUGAAUGGCAUGGCGUGGAUGAAAGGUGAAACUGGUGAGCAAGGACUCAAUUCUAUGAAUUUCCAGUCUGUUGGUAUGUUUCCCUGGAUGCAGCAAAGAGUUGAUCCGACAGUCCUACACAAUGAUCUUAAUCAGCAAUACCAGGCUAUGCUGGCAGCCGGUUUGCAACAUUGUGGAAGCGGAGAUUUGCUCAAAGACCAACUCAUGCAGCAGUUCCAGCAGAAUCCUGUUCAAUAUCUUCAACAUUCAGGUAGCCAUAACCCCCUGUUACAGCAGCAGCAGGUAAUCCAGCCAACAAUAUCUUCACAUAUGCUCCCUACACAAACCCAAAUGCUGUCAGAUAAUUUGCAGAGGCCAACUCAACAGCAAGUUAACAAUGUGUCCAAAGAACAUCAGCAACGACACAAUUAUCAGGAAUCAUUUUUAAUGCAACGUGAUCAGCCUCAACAGAAGCAGCCAUCUGAUGUUCCUUCCCCUUCAUUUAAGAAAUCUGACUUCACAAAUUUGAACAGUAAAUUUGCAGCGUCUGUUGCUCCUGGAAUGCAAAAUUUGCUGGGUUCACUUUGUUCUGAAGUGAGUGGUAAUCUUUUAAGUUUCUCUAGACCUGAUGAGUCAAUACUCUCAGAGCAGUCACCCCAACAAUCCUGGGUGUCUAAAUUCUCUCAGUCGCCAAACAGUAAUUGUUCCAAUUCGACAUCACUUCCACAGUAUUCAGGAAAAGAUUCUUCUGCUGAGCAGGGAACUUGUAGCUUGGAUGCCCAGAAUCAUUCUCUUUUUGGUGCUAAUAUUGACACUGCAGGGCUCUUGCUUCCAACUGUUGUGUCUAGUAUUGCUAAUACCUCUUCGGUUCAUGCUGAUAUGUCCUCUAUGCAGCUGGGGUCUUCUGGGUUUCAGAGUCCUCUAUACGGCUAUGUGCAAGAUUCUUCUGAGUUGUUGCAUAAUACAGGACAAGUUGACCAACCAUCCGUGACCUGUACCUUCAUCAAGGUUUAUAAAUCAGGAUCGGUUGGUAGGUCACUGGACAUCGGCCGGUUCAACAGCUAUCAGGAGCUGCGUCAGGAACUAGGUCAAAUGUUCGGUAUUGAAGGGUUGCUUGAAGACCCUAAAAGAUCAGGCUGGCAGCUUGUAUUCGUUGACAGGGAGAAUGAUGUGCUUCUCCUUGGAGACGAUCCAUGGGAGGCAUUUGUGAAUAAUGUCUGGUAUAUCAAGAUCCUUUCUCCCGAUGAUGUGCAGAAACUGGGAGAAGAAGAAGCUCGAUCCUUGGGUCGAAGUGCAUCUGAAAGGAUAAAUAAUACUGAAUGCCAAGACCUUGUUGGACUCUCGUCUAUAGGGUCGCUUGAAUACUGA